UUUGACUGCUCGGGAAGCGAGAGGUGGAGGCAGAACCCGGGCUCAGGGCUGCGGGGCGGUCGGAACUUCGCAGGGCGCCCGUGACCAUGGACCGCAGGAAGAAGCCGCUGGACGUCACGGCCUCGUCGUUAGUGGACCUCAAGGCCGAACUUUUCCGAAAACAAGAAGAAUUCAAACAAGAAAAACUUCUCAAAGAUGCUGGAGUUCCAGGGAAACCAAAAUCAACCAACAAGAAACCAAGUAUCUGGAACAAACAGAAUGUUGGUGUUUCAGAACGGGCUGAAAAAGAUGCUGAACAGAAGGCUGAGGAGCAAAAGACGUUAGACAAGUCAAGGGAAAAAUUAGAAGAGAAAGCCAAAUUGUAUGAACAGAUGACUAAAGGAGACUUCUUAGAUGAAGAAACAGAAGAUAUGUACCUGGUGGAUUUCACACAGAAGAUCAUAGACAAACGAAGAGAAAUGCAGGCCCUAAAUCUGAACAAAGAAUCUAAAAAGACUGCCAGAAAGGAGGAGGAUGGAGACGAAGGUCUUUCUGAAGCCGAUAUCCCUCCUCCCCAAGAUCCCAGUGAAGAAUGGGUCGAUUAUGUGGAUUCUUUAGGCCGUUCUAGACGCUGUAUGAAGAAGGAUUUGCCAGGCCUGUUGGAAAUGGAUAAAAAUCUUAAGGGAAAGCCAUAUGUUAGUGACAAAACUCUGUUGUCUGAAGAUAUGAGACGAGAGCUUCAGCGACAGCAGUGGGAGGAGGAAGAGAAGGAGGCCCUGAGCAGACCAGUAGGGCCCGUCCACUAUGAGGACAUUCGAGAAAAUGAGGCCCGACAACUUGGUGUUGGAUAUUUUGCCUUUGCCCGAGAUAAAGCACUGAGAAACAAGCAAAUGGAGACUUUAGAAAUGCUGCGAGAGCAGACUACAGACCAAAGAACCAGACGGGAAAACAUCAAAGAAAAGAGAAAGGCCCUGCUGGACGCCAGGCUUGCAAAACUGAGGCAGAGAAAGAUGAAGAAGCUAAAGGGUGAUGGGCCUGAAGAAGACAACCCAGAAGAAGAAGUGAUUGGGCCUCCCCCACCAGAACCGGAAGUGACUCCAGCUGCCCCACGGAGCAAAGUGGAAGUCAUCAUCCAGGAGAGAAAAGACACCAAGCCAGGCGUCCCUUACAUCCGAGAGUGGGACAGAGGGAAAGAAUUUUCUUUUGGACACUGGUCAAAGAGGCAGUCAGAUCUCAGGGCUGAAAGAGAUCCCGAGUUUGCCCCACCAUCGGAUUACUUUUCCAGCCAGAAGAGGACUGGGCAUGUCAGUGGCCAGACUUGGAGCCAAUCUGGACCUUCACGCGACACCUCAGGAUUUGGCUCUAGCCAGAACAACGAAUCCUCCUCCACAACUACCACUGAGCGCCCGGCACGAGCCCCCAGCCCCCUUUACCAAAGUCUGGAUGACAUGCUGUCCUAUUAUAAGCAAGUGACAUAAGCGGUCAAGUCCUUGGACAGUGGUUUCUGCUCUGCCCGCUCCCUCCUGUAGAGGAAGAACUUGAUUUUAAGAACAUUGAUUUCCUCCUGCUUGGCCUUUCCAUGGGAGGUGAGAUCACCGUGUUGUCAUUAAAGAACUCUAAGUCAUCAGAAUGCUGUUGCAAGGGAAGGGUCCAGCAGAAUUGAGACCCUGGGAAUUCUGCUGCUCCUGGGCUGGCCUGGUGUAUCAUUUUAGUUGGAUUAAAGUCCUAUUGGAAUCAUAA